AUGUCGAUUAAUAAUAAUUUUAGUUUAUUAGAGACUAUUUUAUUCAAUCCAAAUGAAGGAUUUUAUUUAUUAGAUAAACAUUUCGAUAGAUUAUUCAAUGCUAUUCAAGAUUUUAAAAAGCUAAAUACUCUUUUAUUUCCUAAAGAACUUACAAAAGCGUACAUUUAUAAAUUACUUGUUAAUCAAGUUGCUAAUAAUGAUGAUUACCAACGUGUUCGGUUACUUGUUAACGCUAUUGAUUCAAAAGUAAAAAUAGAGAGUAUACAAUUAGCUAUACCUAGAUUUUCCUAUUGUUCAUUGGAAGAAGCCUCUCAGUCAGAGCCUUGUUUCAAUGUUGUUUUAGAUACUCAACCAUCAAAGACAAUCAAGAUGAGUCCGUUUAUUUUGCAUAAAACAACUCAACGUGAUAUGUAUGAUUUGGCUAGAGAAAGAACAGGUUGUGACUAUCAUGCUACAGAAGAUAAGCCAUUUGACGUUAUUUUAUGGAAUGAACAUCAGGAGAUUACAGAAACAAGUAUUGCAAAUAUUGCUAUUCGUUUUAUGACGACAAAAGACACUGAUCAUCCAUUUGUAUGGAAAACACCCAAGAUAGAAUGUGGUCUUUUACCUGGAGUCUUUCGUUCCUUUUUACUUGAUCACGAAGAGAAAUUAAUAGAAGAUGUUAUUACAAUAGAUGAAUUAAUUCAAGCAGCAAAGGUGAUAGUCACAUAA